AUGCUCGCGUUCAUCGUGUCGCUCGUGGCGUAUACGGAUCCGGCGGAAGAGCUGUACGGCAUCUGGGAGCGGAACAUGGGCAAGAAUCGGGAGACCAAGUUGCAAACGCAGUACCAUUUCGCCUAUGCGCAACAUCUGGCGCCCUAUCGCACCCGCAAUAAUGUCACCCUCCUCGAGAUCGGUGCAAACACAGGAGACUCGCUGUAUGCGUGGUCGGAGUACUUCCGCGAGCCAGGCGCGACCAUCUGGGGGAUGCGCUACGGCGUCUCCGACUCGAGGAUGAAGAAGUGUCGCGCGGGCGCCGCAAACUGCGCCAAGGUGCACAUUCACGACGGCGAUCAGAGCAGCGCUCGGGAUCUUCGGGCCUUGGUCGCUGCCGCGUUUGGCGACGCGUUCAAGGCGCCUGCCACACUCGCGAACCACGAAUGGCGGCGUGCUGGGUACGACGUCAUCAUCGACGAUGGCUCUCACGUGCCGGCGCACAUCCUCUUCACCUUCACAGAACUCUUCCCUAUGCUGCGGCCGGGUGGGGUCUACGUGAUCGAGGACAACGCAUUUUCAUAUGCCGAUAAGCCAACCACCGCCUACGGCUAUCGCGUUGGUCACCGUGGCGGCAUCGGCCGGCCAACCACCGACAAUGCUGUUGAGCGAUUCAAGGCUCUCGCUGACAUUGUCAAUCGGGAGGAGUGCUUCCAAGAUCUGGACAUCGUCAUCUUUAGCGAGGCAAUCGACCGCGCCGUGUUCCAGGUUGCGUUUGUCUCGGGACUCGUGUUCGUGUGGAAGAAGACGGCGGCGCAGCAGGCGGGGCUCGCCGGGAUCCCCUCUCUCCGGUGGACGAGUCACGCCAACGGCCCGGCGCUCCAAGAGUACAAGCGCUUCCUCGAGGCUGGGAAGCACGUGGGCGUCGGAGGCGUGCGCGUGUGAGGCACAGGGCGGCGUGGGCGAUUGCGAUGACGCGUGAGUCCGUAGCUGGUGCGCCGCCGACGCCGCCGCCGGGAAUCGGGGGGGUGCUGCCUUGGUGCACGAGGGAUGGGGAGCUCCCUGGCGCGCGAGGGGUGGGAGGGGCUCGUGUCUCUCUCACACGGGCGCGCCGGGGUGCGGUGGGAGACUGGGCACCCGAUCGGCGGAUGGACGACCCGCAACUGGUCUGGCGAGGGGCGCGGUGCUGGGUGCGGCGACGGGAGAGGGCCUCGAGCGCCGCGUGUGCGCGGCGGAGUCGGCAUAGACUGACUGACUGAGGCCGACGGGGCUGUUGAAGGGAAGGGUAGGCAUGUUGUGCUCGAGAUCGUCCAGCCGCACUUGCGCUCUGUGUGGCCACUGGGAGGCGUGAGAGAGGCUCUAUAUGCAUGUAUGUAUCCGAGUGAAGAACA